GCGCAGUACGGGCUCUAUUCCUCCUUCGUGGGCUGCUUUGUCUACUGCCUUCUGGGGACCUCGAAAGACGUGACGCUGGGUCCAACGGCCAUUAUGUCGCUGCUGGUCUCUUCCUACGCGUUCCAUGACCCCGCCUACGCCGUCCUGCUGACCUUCCUGUCCGGCUGUAUCCAGCUCGCCAUGGGCCUCCUGCACCUCGGUUUCCUGCUGGACUUCAUUUCCUGCCCUGUUAUUAAAGGGUUUACCUUGGCGGCUUCCGUCACCAUCAGCUUCAGCCAGGUCAAGAACAUCCUGGGGCUGCACAACGUUCCGCGACAGUUUUUCCUGCAGGUGUAUCACACCUUCCAAAGGCUCGGGGAGACCAGGUCAGCAGACAGCCCGGUGCCCUUCCCGGCCCGUUGCUUCGCCAGCACCCUGUCGUGGCUGGGCCGGACGGGGCAGGGGGUCACAGGGCUGGGAAAGGCGCUUUUAGUGACACCGGGUGUGAGCAGGCUCCGCCCAGCAGCCCCUGCCAACACAGAGCGCUGCCCCCGCCCGCCGUCGGCUCGCAACGCGCUCGUGGUCCUGUUUGGCUGCACUGCGGCCUACGCCUUCCAGGUGAUGGGUUCCCAGCCCUUCACGCUCACCGGGGAGACGCCACAGGGGCUGCCUCCCUUCCGGCUGCCGCCUUUCUCCACGGCCGAAGGCAACAGCACCGUGCCCUUCCGCGAGAUGGUGCAGGACCUGGGAGCCGGGCUGGCUGUGGUGCCGCUGAUGGGCCUGCUAGAGACCAUCGCGAUUGCCAAGGCCUUCGGUAGGGUGUCGGGUCCCCUGGGCCGCCUUCGGGGCGUGGCUGCAGAGUGGGAGGGGAAAGGGCGGGACGAGGCAGUGAUUGGCGUCUCGCUCUCAGGGCUGGACCUGGUCCCGCUGGGUGUGACCUUCCUGCUCUGCUUCUGGGAGAUGCAGUACGGCAUCGUGGCCGGCAUCCUGGUCUCCGGCAUCCUCCUGCUCUACACCAUUGCCAGGCCCCGGAUCACGGUUUCGGACCAGGGGGUGCUCCUCAUGCAGCCUGCGAGCGGCCUGCACUUCCCCGCGGUGGAGUCGCUCCGAGACGCCAUGCACAGAUGGGCUCUGGCAGUGUCUCCGCCGCGCGGCGUCAUCCUGGACGGCUCUCACCUCAGCAGCGUGGAUUACACCGUGGCCGUGGGGCUGGCGGACCUGCUGCAGGAGUUCCAGAGGAAGGGCGUCCCCCUGACCUUCGCUGGCUUGCAGGGCCCCGUUCUCCGAGUCUUGCUGGCUGCAGACCUGGCGGGAUUCCACCAUUUCCCCAGCCUGGAGGAGGCCAGUAAGUGAGGCCUGGGCCCUGCUCUGUCGGCCUGGCGGGGAACAGCUGAUCCACCCGGGCGGGGGAGCCAGCAACCUGCAGUAAUGGCCCGAGAAAGCCCCCAGUGCCUGGGCGAGUUGGGUUGAAUCCUCCCUAGUGGUUAUCAGAGGCAGCGCUGGU